CCACCGGAUGCAGUUGUCAUGGAGAUGGAAAAGGACCCAGCUUCCGCUCGUCGUGCUGUUGCCAUGGAAAUCCCCGUGGCAGCAGCAUCGCUCUCUGUAGCGCCAGGAGAGCCGGAGGAGCAGCGCGAGCCCGCCCUACCUUUUCAGCACCGUGGACAGCACCAUAGCACCAGACCGCCGUUUAACCACGGGAGAUUUUAUAUGCUGAUAGUUAUCGGAGAAAUCUCAACGGACCACCACCUUCAGUCUGCCAAAAAACACAUACAACAGGGACUGCAGUCGUGGGACAUCGAUCUGACUCUGUGCGACCUGAACAGAGAGCUACAGCUCUUCGCGACGCGACACUCUGCCCAGUUCUCCUCAGAGGUCAAAGGACAGAGGACCCUGCAGCACAAGAGUGAUGUCCUUGAGACAGUUGUGUUGGUGAACCCGUCAGAGGAAACUACAGCUUCACAGAUCCGCUCUCUGGUCAUUGACUCUGCUGGACACAAGCUACUAGUCCUAAGUGGCCAGAGCUCUGAGCAGGGAGGUGACAUCACACUGCAGGGUGGAGCCUUCACCUGGAGACACUUCUCUGACGUCAUCGCUGAUCCUGGAGUGACUGAGGUCCUGUCCAACUCAGCGUCGGACCAGCGGCCCAGGCUAACAGUAUCGUGCCUGGGAGACGGGGGCUGGAGCUCACUGGGCCACAGCCAGGAACAGCAGCACCUCCAGAACCUUCUGGAAUACCGCCUAAACCCUGAGCCCACGCUUCCCGACAUGGAGGGAGUCGCGGAGUUCACAGAGUACGUCUCGGAGACGGUGGACGUCCUGUCGCCCUUUGACAAUCUGGAACCGCCCACCUCGGGUGGUUUCUUGAAGCUAUCCAAGCCCUGCUGCUACAUCUUCCCCGGAGGGAGGGGUGACUCUGCCCUGUUUGCCGUGAACGGAUUUAACAUCCUGGUGGAUGGAGGGUCUGAAAGCAGGUCCUGUUUCUGGAAGCUGGUCAGGCACUUGGACAGGAUAGAUUCAGUCCUGCUGACCCACAUUGGGGCGGACAACCUCCCAGGCAUCAACGGGCUGCUCCAGAGGAAGAUAGCUGAGCAGGAGGAGGAGCAGUCCCAGGGAUCUGGCGGCUCCAACACAUACGGUGACUGGAUGAAGAACCUGAUUUCACCUGAGCUCGGUGUGGUGUUCUUCAACGUCCCCGAGAAGCUACGAAUGCCUGAGUCCACGCUAAAGGUCAAACGGAGCAUCGAGGAGGCAUCCCUCACACUGCAGUAUCUCAACAAGCUUGGCAUCAAGUCAGAACCCCUGUACAGGGUCGUUAGCAACACCAUUGAGCCCAUCACGCUUUUCCACAAGCUGGGCGUUGGCAAGCUAGACAUGUACAUUCUGAACCCUGUGAAGGAAAGCAAGGAGAUGCAGUUCCUUAUGCAGAAGUGGGCUGGGAACAGUAAGGCCAAGACUGGGAUUGUGAUGUCCAAUGGCAAAGAAGGAGAAAUAUCCGUCCCUUACUUGACCUCAGUAACAGCUCUUAUCGUAUGGAUCCCGCAUAGUCCAACAGAGAAGAUAGUCAGGGUGCUGUUCCCUGGAAAUGCACCGCAGAACAAAAUCUUGGAGGGGCUUGAAAAGCUGAAGCACCUGGACUUCCUGCGCUACCCAGUGGCCACUCAGAAAGACAUAUCCUCUGGGGCCCCGCCUCCAAUCAUAAAACAAACAAAGAUGAGAUCAAGAACAGAAAGCAAGGAGAGCCUGAAAUCUUCCACCAAAACACAGUUGGCCUCAAAAGCCAGCAAGAAGGAAGCUAAAGGGCAGGAAGAGGAGUCCAAGAAUGACUCGGCUAAAGAGAACAAAAUUGAAAAGAAAGAGGAGAAGAAGGUGAAGCGUGAGAGCGCCAAAGCUACCAAAGCCACCAAACAACAACAAAACAGUGAGGCAGCACCCGAAGCAGCCAAACUGGAGAGAAAGAAGCUGUCCAAGGAGAAAACCCUGAGGAAACAAUCCAAGGAACGACCAUCUAAGAUGGAGGAGAAAAAGGACAAAGAGAAGAAAGAGAUCAGUAAAGUAAAGAAAGAGGACAACAAACGCGAAGUGAAGAAAGACGAUACUGCUAAAAAAGCAGUGAAGGAGGAGAAAAAGAAGGAUCUGAGUAAGUCAGAGCUGAGGAAGAUCACCAAACCAGACCUGAAACCCUUUACCCCAGAAGUCAGGAAAACCCUCCAUAAGGCAAACAAGACACAGGCAAAACCCAAGACAGACAAUACUGACAAAAACAUAACAGCAAAACCGGUCAAAGAGAAAACAGCUGAGAAAAAGUCUGUCCCAAAGCCCCCCAAAGCCCCCCAAAAAUCCGCUGCUGCUUUGGCAGACGGGUCCAUUGUAUCCUCUCCAGAAGAUCUCACCAAGGACUUCGAAGCUUUAAAACGAGACGAGCUCUCGAAGCUAGGGAGUGAACCCAUUCAGAAUGAUGUCAUGUCUGGAUGUCCAGCUUUCACAGACUCCAAACUCCCUGAUGAGGGAAUAACAACUAAAUCCCCAGCCAAUCUUGGAGAGAAGUUUGAGGAUGAGGGUGCCGACAUGGAUGAUGGUGAUGAUGAUGAUGAGGAGUACAAUAAAGAGAGUGGUGUACUAAAGAAAGGUGCAGAUGUCGGGAAAUGGCAGGACAUUAAAAGAAAUGCUGGCAUGGAUAGGAAAUAUGAGGAGGAAAUGGAGCAAUACGACGACUACUCUACUAAGGGAGACAUGAAUUCGAAGAAGAGUGUCAGCUCAGAAGAGGAGGGUGACGUUAUCGAAAAAGCAGAUCUGGAGGGAACUGAGGAUUAUGAGGAUAAAUACAACUCAGAAAAAUCAAAAAAAGAAUGGGACACCAAGUCAACUGACUUUAAAUCGUUUUCAACCGCAGUCGCCUCUGGACAAACCACUACCGCUGCCUCUGAGCAAGUGUCCUUCAUCCAAGAUGAGACUAUUCCUGCUUAUUCCGAAACGGAGCAGACCAUCUCCGAUGAGGAGAUCCAUGAAGAACCCGAGGACAGGAUCCCACACCUCCGCUACGACGUUGCUUCCUGCGACAUCACCGUUCCUGACGUUCCAGGAUCCUUUGACUCUGUGUAUGGUGUUAGGGAGAUGAGAGCCUCAGCUACGUCUGACGCCUCAGACUUCAAAGCCAAAGGCUUUGUGGGAAGACAUGACCCAGUGUUGGCAGCCUAUCCAAGCAUCAUCACAGCUCCGCUUGCCGAGGAAGAGCACAUCUCUUCAGCCACGUCCAUCACAGAGUACGACAAACUGUCCUCGUUCGCCACUUCCAUGGCGGACGACCAGUCCAUCGCAUCGGUGACCGCCCCGCAGACAGAGACAGAGACAGGGAGGAGCUCUCUUCACCUGGACACGGUCAAUAGCAUCCCGUACCGCACCGAGGCCACCCACGGGAAGGACUACCUCCACUCGGCUGGAACCAUCUCUCCCACCUCCUCCCUGGAGGAGGACAAGAACUUCAGUUCUCCUCCUUCAAAGGAGUACCAGCCUUUUGUUACCGAGAUGGAGGCUGGGAGGAAGACCAAACCUGUCCAUGAGGAGUAUGACGAAGAGGAGGAUGAAGACGAGGACCAGACUCCUAACGUUGAUAUCCCCUUGGGGAAACUCCAAGAGGGCUACGAGCAGGCGACGGCAGCCAUGUUGCUCCAGGACAAGGAUAAAUCCCCCUCCACUGCCUUUGCGCCUCCUUCUCCUCCCUCUUUCUCCAGCGGGUUUAAGCCUAGUUCCAUGUUUGAAGGUGAAGAGAGAUGUCUUAGACCAGACGACAGCACCGUGAAGCUGGCCUCACCCACCCAGCCGGUCCCCACCAGCAGUGGCUACUCCCCCACAGAGGAGAAGAAAAACAACAAAAUGGACAAAACUGAAACUGAGCUCCAGAAAAUGGGGCUUUCUGGUAACAAGACCCCCUUUGAAGAAUCAGAUGAGGAUGACGAUGAUGACUAUUAUGAGAAAAAGGAUCUCAAACCCUGUGUUAAAGCUAAGUAUUUGGAACAGAAGGAGGGUAGGUUCUUGGACGAUGAAUCACCUCAAGAAGAGAAGCUGUCUGAGAGGGACAAAGGACUUGCAGAGGAUGACAUCAAGUUCAAGUAUCUGCAGAAUAAACCGGGGUCGACAGACGAGACACAGUUCUCUGGUUACAUGGAGCAAACAACCAAACCCCAGAUCAUGCACUCCGACGAGCAAGACGAGGUGGAGGAAGAUGAGGAAGAUGAUGUUGUUCAACCAAGUGGAACAGGGUCUAGAGCUUUAUCAGUAGAGCAAAGUAAGUUGGACUUUGAAGAUGACAAAAAGGAUGCAGCAUUAUCCAGAAAAAAGGACCAUGUAACUUUGAAAGAGCCAGAGAAAAGUGUCCAGUUCAAUCUGUAUGAUUUCCCGGAGCGAGAGAGUAGAGAGAAACGCUCAGAAGAAGAAAUAAGACAGGACACCCCAUAUGUACACGGCAAGACUUUCUCUUACAGUGAUAUCUAUGACAACAAAACCAGUUAUCAGAAGGACCAGUCAGAAGAAAUGGGGAAGGACAGUAUGAAGGAGAUGGACACACAGAAAAAGGACUCCGCUUUCCCCUCAGACAAGGAGGGGUUCACUAGCUCUCAUGGAAAAGAUGUGUCUUCCUCCUCCUCUUCCUCUUCCCCCUUUCCAUGGCUCCAUGGCUCUGAAUCCAUAGAGAAGAUAAGUGAGCCACGUGGAUACAGCAGAGAGAGCAGAUUCCCAUCCAUGGCUGAUAGACCAGAGGCUUCAACCACAUCCUUAUCAUCAGAGAGAGACUCCUUCCCUCAUAAAGUUCACAGUGAUUACACCUCUGUAACAGGUAGUGCUUCAGCCAAACCCUCUUCAAUGAGCUACCAUGACAAAGAGGUGGAACUGGAGAUAGACAUGAGGAAGCUAACAGCCAGGGAUGAGGAAGACUACGAUGAUUAUGAUGAUGAAGAGGAUGAAGAAGAGGAUGAGGACGAUGACGAGGAGGAUGCUAUUGACUCAGACAUGGAGAAAGGUGCCAAAGAGAAAUCGGAAAAGGAAGUCAAAAGUCCUUUCAUCGAUGGUGUGAGCUCAAAACAGCCCCAGUUUAUGGUUUCUAUGGCCGGCUAUGGUUACAGCAGCCAGGCAAAGCUGACUUCACCAGACGACGUGAGCUCAAAAGAGACAGAUUUCACAGACUCCAAACUCCCUGAUGAGGGGAUAACAUCUAAAUCCACAGCCAAACUUGGAGAGACGUUUGAGGACGAGGGUGCCGACAUGGAUGAUGAUGAUGACGAUGAUGACGAUGAUGAGGAGGAGUACAAAAAAGAGAGGGAUGUACUAAAAAAAAUUGCAGAUGGUUACAAUAGUCAGGCAAAGCCGACUUCACCAGACGACUUGAGCUCGAAAGAGCCAGAGUUUAUGGUUUCUAUGGCCGGCUAUGGUUACAGCAGCCAGGCAAAGCUGACUUCGCCAGACGGCUUGAGCUCGAAAGAGCCAGAGUUUAUGGUUUCUAUGGCCGGCUAUGGUUACAGCAGCCAGGCAAAGCUGACUUCACCAGACGGCAUGAGCUCAAAAGAGACAGAUUUCACAGACUCCAAACUCCCUGAUAAGGGGAUUACAACUAAAUCCCCAGCCAAACUUGGAGAGAAGUUUGAGGACGAGGGUGCCGACAUGGAUGAUGAUGAUGACGAUGAUGAUGACGAUGAUGAGGAGUACAACAAAGAGCGGGACAUACUAAAGAAAGGUGCAGAUGGUUACAACAGCCAGGCAAAGCCGAUUUCACCAGACGGCAUGAGCUCGAAAGAGCCAGAGUUUAUGGUUUCCAUGGUGGGCUACGGUUACAACAGCCAGGCAAAGCCGACUACUCCACCUUCUUCCACCACCUGCAAAGGUGACACAGCGUUCUCUGGGUACUCCUCUGGGUUUGAUUAUUCUUACGGUGGGGAGAAAGACAAGGACAAAGAGGGAAAAGACGACUAUGUCCACAGCGAGAGAGCUGACGGUGGUAAGAAAACAGGAGACACAGUAGGAGUCUCAUCAGGCUUCCACUACACCACCACCUCUGCCACGGCAUACUCGUCCUCCUCUUCCUACAGCUACUCCUCCUCUACGUCCGGUCCGUCACUCUCCACCAGCCGGCAGUUCGGCGAGGAGCUGGAGACCCCAGCCAACGCCUCCGACCACAUCUUCAAACACGAUGCAGACAGUGCCGGCUUCGAGUACUCCUCCUUUAAAGAUGAACCCGGCUCCUUUAAAGAUGAACAUGCCUCCUUUAAAGAUGAACAUGCCUCAUUUAAAGAUGAACAUGCCUCCUUUAAAGAUGAACACGCCCCCUUUAAAGAUGAACACGCCCCCUUUAACGAUGAACACGCCCCCUUUAAAGAUGAACAUGCCUCCUUUAAAGAUGAACACGCAUCCUUUAAAGAUGAACAUGCCUCCUUUAAAGAUGAACACGCAUCCUUUAAAGAUGAACAUCCCUCCUUUAAAGAUGAACAUGCCUCCUUUAAAGAUGAACACUCCUCCUUUAAAGACGAACACUCCCUGGCCAUGGACUCCUCCUCCUUUUCCAGUUCCUGCGGGAUGGUUAAAAACGAGUACCUGGAGGUUUCGGAGAAGCAGAUGAGAACGGCCACCACCACCCCCGCAGAAUCCACCUCCAGUCUGGCCCGCUUCUCUCCUCACAGCCCCUUUGAGGAGAUCAAACCUUUCCACUCGCACUCCUCCGCUUCCUCCUCGGAAGACAAAAAGGAGCAUGUUGCCUCGAUGGAAGGAAGUGUUGUGAACAAAGGCCCCCAGUCGGACUGCUUCUAUAAACCGGAAUGGGCGGAUGAGUCCAAGCUGCAGGCUGCAGGGGGUUAUGGGCCUUUCUCCCAGUCGCCCAAGGAGAAGGAUGCCAUCGCCACGGGUUUGUUUGGUGUCACCUCGUCCCCACGGCCCGACUCAACAGGCAAGCAUUACUUUGAAAACUCUGACAGUAGUGAGGAAGAGGAUGACGAGGAAGGUUACAUGCGAGAGAUGGGCCUGUCCUUCUCCGAAAAACACGGCAGCAGCACCACCACCUCAGGUAAGAUAGAUGGCGCUGGUCUCCCUGAUGUGCUCACCUCGUACAUGCCCUCCUCUCUGCUGCCCACCAAGCCAGACACAGUCAAUGGUCCCAUGGAGGUCAGCAGCAUGAGCUCCCCCAUCAGUGCAGGGCCGGGGGCCAGCUGCGUGAGCCCAGGUCUGGGUACAGCUGAGGAGAAAAAGGUGAGGAGCUCCUAUGAGUGGAACAUGCAGAAGCCCCAGAUGGACAUGGUUCCUGGCGACUCCCCGCCUCAUUACCGCCACGAGGACGAGUUUGAGGAGGAAUGCGAAAUGGAACCAGAGUGUCCCGCCCGCCCGCUCUCCCUCUCCUCCACUGAUCACACCUUCGGCUCCCCCUUCUACACGGAGGCGUCGUGCCGAGGAGAAGCAGGAGGAAGAGAUGAUGAUGACGACAGCGACCCGGACCUCCCUCCUGAAAUGGGCGCCUCCUCCUACACGUCCUCCUCCAAAGCCUCCCCUGGCUACUCCUCCUCGGAGCACAGGCACCGCAAAGGAGACCUCUCACCCUCCUUCAUCAAUCCCAGUAUGCAACAGCAGUCCAGCGAUGAGGAGGACGAGGAGCGGGGACGCAGGAGCGACCAAUCGCAGGAAGGGGACGAACAUGACCUGUCAGUCAAGAAGAGAGCCAACAAACAGCCCCAUCACCCCCACUUCCAGGGCGACUCUGUCCCCCACGCCGGGACGGCUGGGCUGGGGUUAGCCAGAGAAGACACCCCCCCAACCUCCGUCAGCGAGUCUAUACCGUCGCAGUCAGAUUCAGACGUUCCCCCAGGGACAAAGGAGUGCCCCUCCAUCACGGGCAACAGCAACAUGGACUCGGAUGAUGACACUGAGUACCUGCCUGUGGAUAAGUUCUCCACCAUGGGAGGGGGCCACCAUCACCCCUCCUCCUCCUCCAGGAUGAGCCCCCGUGACCCCCCUCCCGCCCCCCUCAUGGACCCCUUACCCAACCCCCCUCACCCCAACGUCUGCAUGGUGGACCCCGACGCUCUGGCCAAUGACCAGAACCGGGCAACCUCAGAGUCGCCCCUCAAGAAGGACCCCAAGACGAAAGGCGUGCGGAAGACAGGGAAACCCAAGUCGGCAUCUCCGGCUCGCCGUAAGCGGUCCCCCAUGCCAGUGAAGCAGUUGCCGUCCCCUCGCAGUGCCUCGCUGAAGAAGAAGGAGACAGAGAAGAGCUUGAGGAUGUCCCAUCUGUCAGACGGACAGGGCUCCAGAGACGAUGACCUCUCCAGGUCCAGCUACAACGCCGGCAGGGUGGCCAACGGAGUUAAGAGCACCUCAGGCUCUCAGAGGUCCAGUUCCGUGGUUCCCCAAGGCCCUCCUAUCUACGUAGACUUGGCCUACAUCCCCAACCACUGCAGUGCUAAGAACGUGGACCAGGAGUUCUUCAAACGCGUCCGCUCUGCAUACUACGUGGUGAGCGGGAACGAUGUGGGCAAUGACGAGCCCAGCCGAGUGGUCCUGGACGCUCUACUGGAGGGCAAGGCCCAGUGGGGAUCCAACCUACAGGUGACGUUGAUUCCCACCCAUGACACAGAUGUGACUCGGGAGUGGUACCAGCAGACCCAUGAACGGCAGCAGGAGCUAAACAUCAUGGUUCUGGCCUCCAGCAGCACCGUGGUCAUGCAGGAUGAGUCUUUCCCCGCCUGCAAGAUAGAAUUUUAAGCCCCAUUCCCCCUCUCUUCCCUCUGUAAUGGGACAACACACAGCUCCCCUGGUUCAGUCUGUCUGUUUCAAUGUUUUGGAUCUGCCUUUUCUAGGGAUUUAUUUCUUACGGUAAAUCAUAACAGUACAUCUCAAAUUACACCCUAUUUGUCUUAUAGCUAACAUAGAACUCUGGUCUAAAGUAGUGCACUGGACUCUAUGUGGAGUUGUGUGUCAUUUAUUUGUCUUAUAGCUAACAUAGAACUCUGGUCUAAAGUAGUGCACUGGACUCUAUGUGGAGUUGUGUGUCAUUUAUUUGUCUUAUAGCUAACAUAGAACUCUGGUCUAAAGUAGUGCACUGGACUGUAUGUGGAGUAGGGUGUCAUUUUAGACACAGCGAUAUUCAACAACCACACGUUUGAUUAUGGUUAUUGUCAUUGUUUGUAUUAUAAAGGUGCUCUUCAGACUACAACGCUCCUCUACUAUAAUUAUAAGGUUUAUUACAGGAAACAAGUCAGUUGUGCAUACAGUAGAGAUCCAGGACAAAUGUCCAGGCAAUGCUUACUGUUUCCUUCAAGUUUAGACAGGUUUUCUUCUAAUAGGCAUAAUUCAAAGCACAAGUAUGCCCUAUUAUAAUGUUACACAGUCAUCAACAACAACAACUUAAUCAACAACAACUUCAUCUUUGUUUAAAGAAGUUAUAACACCAAAACACAUUUUGUACUUUAGUGUUUAUAUGUUUUGUAGAACUGAAUACACCAUGCUAAUGCCAAUGGUACUUUUCUCAUCCACGUGCCACUCAUUGAACUUUGUGCCUAAUAUUGACACAUUGCCAUAGAUGAUAUUCUAAGUAGAUUGUCUCUAAGAGUCUUUUAGAUGUCGAAUAAUUAUGUUUGUAGUAGAAUAGGGUGGAAAAAACAAAUCGAGUCAUACUCAAAGGUGUUGUGUGUGCCAUUCAGUUUUCAUGUAAUUUCUGCAAGGUGAAAUGAGCUUUUAAUGGAUUUCUCAAGCUCCAUAUUCAGUAAAUCGUAACUAUCAGUGUUGUCUGGUUGUAAAGUGAAGUCUUUUGAGAAUGUUCCCAGCCAGAACACAUCCAGAUCUGUCGAACAGGGCUGGUGUAUAUUGUACAAUAUACAACAUGCACAGUAGAUUACCCUUGCAUUUAUUUUCCAAGCUUGCAUCCACAAACAUAUCUUGGACCAGACCAGUGUAUGCUACUGUGUGAAAGGAAAGGAGAAUACUCACAUUGCAACAUUUUGAUGACUGUAUGUCAGGUUGCAAUGUUGCUACAUUCAAUGUACUACUUCCUCGUCAUAGCAUUUAUACGCAUGUAUAACAUAAUGUAAGCAUUACACAUUGGCUUGGAAUAGUGUGGCUUAUUAAAUGACAAAUAGCUUAAGCAGCUUGUUUGUGUUCAUGAACUCAUUGAUAGAAAGGAGGCUGUCAGGUUAAAAGAUGUUACGCAACUUAAAGACAACAACCCUCUGCUAUGUACCUGCAGAGCUACAGACCGACACUGUCUGUGAACUGGAGGAGGGCCACACUUUGGGAAGGUAUCACAGAUCAUAUGAUUAUUCUCACAUUUACUAUUGACCCUUUAAGAGACAUGGGUGUGAUUUGGGAUUUGUGUAAGGUGAAGAUAGUGUAGACUAGUACUCCAGCUAUGACCAUCAUGGUAUCGUCCCAAAUGGCACCCUAUUCCCUAUGUAGUGCAAUACAUUUGACCAGAGCCUUAUGGUAGUGCACUACAUAGGGAAUAGGGUGCCAUUUGGGGCAGUCAUACCUAACCUGGUUAUGACUACAGCAAUAGGACCAUGUGGUUGUGAGCCCAUGGCCCAUCACCUGUACAGGGUACUAGUUAGAUUGAAUGUCUGAAGACUUGUCUGUGAGGUGUUUGUGCCGUGCAUUAAGACCACGUUGAUGAAACGUUGAUGAACAUUGUGGGGCGGUUCCAUAGAUGAUAGAGGUUUGACUGUCACCCACAUGUGCCUUUCUGUCCUGUCGUGUGUUCAAGGAAGACUCAGAUGCUUGCUUGAAAUGGCCCUUGUGGCAAAGCCAUAGAUAUUCAGUGUUCGGCAAAUAUUCAGUUUCAGUCUCAGAAUUUGAACGGGCGCCAUGUUGGCACUGAAAGCUCCAAGACAAUUACAUUGUAGUUGGAAUGCAUAUUAGAAUGUUCUCAUCAUGGCAUGUUUGGUGCAGACAUGGAGGAUGGUUUGCCAUGGUAAAGUAGUGGCUAGGUGGGCAGGUCAGUGUUGUAGUAUGAUCACUAAACUAAAAGCAAAGGUCCAAAAAUAUGAUUUGCACAUCCUACUAAGCAAACUAACGUGGUACUUUUACCAGUCAGUGAUCACAGUGUCUGAUAUUCUCUGUCGUCGGCGAUAGUGAACAAGAAGAACAAACUAUCAAACAACUUAACAAGAACCAACUGUGGAAAACCCUUAUUCUAAGAACUUGUAGGCCUACUCAUAUGAAAAUACUCUCAUUUGGGAUUUCUACCAAUUGUGUUUAUGUUCUUUAACACAAAAGCAGUCAUUUUUAAUCAGAAAAAGAGAGAGCUUUGUUGGAAAUGUUAACUCACACAGAUGUGUUAUUUCCUAUUGAGUUGUAUUAUUUUCUUAAUCCUUAUGAUGCCCAUGGAAAGGGAUUGAGGUAUUUUGCUCUAGGGCUGUUCUAGAACCGUUAACUUUGGGACCAGAGGCCAAAAGGUUUUUGCUCUACCACAAUCACCUUGACUCAAUGCCUUGGAAUGUUUUUUAAAGAAAAAAUGUACAAUUUGCUUUUGAUUUUAUGUGAUCAUAUUCAGUGUGUCUAGAAUGUAAUUUUCAGUGUUAUUUAAGAUGGGUUUUCAUUUGUGUGCACAGUUUGUAAUUGUAUCCUUUAAUAUUACUGUAAGUUAGGACUAACUAAGUAGAUUGUUAGAAACAAACUGUUAGAAAACGAGACAAAAAUACAUGUUUUAAUUCCAUUUUAUUGCAUCAUGACAUUGAGUUUGAGGCUUACAAAGAACAAAUUAUAACAUGCCUUGUUCGAGGGUCUAGACAAAUUGUACCAUUGCGCAAUCUUUGAGGCCAAUCAGAAUAUUCAGCAAUGUAUUCCAGUUUUUCUGACACAUAUGGCACACACACAUAAAUAAUAUCAUAGAGACAAAGAAAAUAGAAUGAAUUGUCAAAUGCUUUCAGUAAACAUGCUUUGAAUCCUGCAAUGUCUUUUUCUUUUCGUUGCCGAUGCUCAUUGCACAAAUGUACCGGACCAUGCAGAUUAUCAGAGAGCAGUUCUGAGAUAGCCUGGUUAACAGACUGAGCGCAGUUCUGCGAUAACAAUACUGAGAGCAGCAUUCAGUCUGGUUUAACCAGGCUAGUUCUGAGUGUUCCAGCUGAUCCGAAUGUGAAGAAGCAGAUUAACCUUUACGUUCUCCGUGGAGGACGUUGAUAUCUUGGUUGCCUUGGUGACAUACUAGUUAGUAGUUGUAUAUGUUUUCUGCUCCAUCAACUCAAAAGGGUUGUCAGUCAAAGUCAGACUGUCUCUAUUGUGUGUGAAUACAGUGCAUAUCAAACUUAUUUUUAGAAUGUCUUAUUUUAUUUCUUUACUCUUGUCUGAAGUCUGUCUAUUUCUAAUGGUUGCCCUGAGAAACGAGUGCAAUUAAUUAAUCAGCGAUUGAUUAAAGAAAACUGGACAAGUU